AUGUAUGCGUUGAUGCAAGCAGAGCCGGCCGCCUCCAAAGAGGUCGAGGCGGUCAAGGAGCCGGAAGCUGCCCCUGGCGCCACAGGGCGGCUGCAAGGCCCUGGCGGCCCUGGGGUGCGACAGGAUCAUAGCAAGCAGUUCUUCAUUUGUCGAGAACUCUAUGCCGAGCACAGGGCCAAGACCAUGGCUCCAAGACUCGAGUGGCUGCUGUCCAUUAUUUCUAGCGGGGACGUGCAGCAGCUGAAGCAUUUCAUGGAGGCUUUUUACCGGCAAGGCAAAGAUGCAACGCAAGCUGGAGAAACCUGCAGUCACUGCAACGUGCGAGUGACCACUUCCAAGAACUGGUUCAGAACCAGACAGGCCACGGAUGAGCAGCCGGCCGUCCGCUGCAUGAUUUGUAUGAAGUGGCACUGUGAGCGGCACUGCAAGCAGUUCGUGAAUCUGGGAUUUGCGGCGCAGCUAGUCAAGCUUGAGUGCUGCGAGACAUGUCACAGAGGCGUGGAGGUCCUGCGAUGGCGCCAGGACGCCGUGCCCUCGUGUCUGUCCGACGCUGAACGCCAGCUCACCAGCUUGCAUGCAACGUUGUUUGAGCAGCUCACGAAGCUGCCCACUGCCCUGGCCCAGCUGGAGGGGACCUCACGGCUCUUGGAGGAGUUGCAGAACAGGGGGGACGAACCUUCCCAAGAAUGCUCUCGGGAGGAAUUGCAGGAGUGCUUGGCCGCUAUGAAGCGCAGUCGCCUCGAUGCAGAAGCUGCAGAAGCGGCCAUCGCCCACUCACUGCUUCUCCUGGACGAGCCAUGCAGGGAGGCCAAUGGUCUUUCCAACCCGAAGAAUGGUCAGGUCCGUGAUGGCCUACUAAGGCACGGAAGGCAGCAGCUGGAGCAGCUGAAGCCGCGCCUCAAAGCGGCCUGUACACGGGCGACCCUGACAUCUGCGAAAGCAGAGACCAUGCUGCCGAGAUGCCGCGCGCAAACCACAUAG